UAAUCGUUCCUCUGUCUACAUGACCCAGGAAGCAAGGAAGGACAGUCAUCAUUAGUGAAGGCUCGCCGUUUAACCAAUGGCACAGACUGGCUGGCGAGAUGCCCCUGACCUACCAGACUUCUCUUUACUCAAGAGACUGGCAAGAGACCAGCUGAUCUAUCUAUUGGAACAGCUACCAGGGAAGAAGGACCUAUUUAUUGAAGCUGACUUAAUGAGCCCUCUGGAUCGCAUUGCAAAUGUGACAACAUUGAAGCAACAUGAAGUAGACAAACUCUACAAAGUUGAGCACAAGCCAAUCUUCAGUACCUCAGAUCAGCUGUGCUUUCUCAUACGACCACGAGUACAGACUGUUAAAUGGGUUUGUGACAUUGUCAAUGCUGACAAAGCAGUUGGGAGAUUUAGGCAAUAUAAGAUCAUAUUUACACCACAAAAGUUUUAUGUGUGUGAUACAGUUCUUGAAGAACAAGGGGUAUAUGGAGAUGUCACCACAGAUGAAUGGGGCUUUUAUCUAUUACCACUCGACGAUGACAUCAUCAGCAUGGAACUUCCUGAAUUCUUCCGAGACAACUUUUUGGAAGGAGAUCAGCGCUGGGUGACGACCGCAGGAAGUGCUCUGCACCUGCUGCACUCGCUCUAUGGGCCCUUCAACAAGCUCUACGGGAUUGGUCGAACUGCCAAGAUGGCUUACGAGUCUUGGAGGGAGUUGCUGGAAGAGGGGGAGCAGAAGCCUCAGAAACCAGACAUUGGAAAUGUUUUUCUAAUUGACAGAGAUGUUGACUUUGUUACACCACUUUGUUCACAAGUUGUCUACGAAGGUCUUGUAGAUGACAUAUUUAGGAUAAAGUGUGGAAGUGUGGAGUUUGGGCCUGAUGUGACAUCAUCGGACAAAAGUAUUAAAGUGAUGCUGAACUCUCAGGAUAAGGUGUUUAAUGAGAUCAGGAAUGAACAUUUCUCCAAUGUGUUUGGCUUUCUAAGCCAGAAGGCACGGAACCUCCAAACUGCAUAUGAUAAACGUCAGGGGAUGGACAUCAAACAAAUGAAGACUUUUGUCUCUGAGGAGCUAAAAGGCUUGAAACAGGAACACCGACUUUUGAGCCUGCACAUUGGUGCUAGUGAGUCUAUAAUGAAAAAGAAAACGAAGCAAGAUUUUCAGGAACUCCUGAAGACUGAACAUUCUUUACUUGAAGGUUUUGAAGUUCGUGAAUGUAUUUCCUACGUUGAGGAGCACAUCAAUAGACAGGUGUCAAUGAUUGAAAGUUUGAGACUUCUAUGUCUACUUUCUAUAACGGAAAAUGGCCUGCUUCCCAAGGAUUAUCGGUCACUGAAAGCACAGUACCUUCAAAGUUAUGGAAUUGAACAUCUACUGACUUUUGCGAAUCUACGUCAACUGGGUAUACUGGUAGAGCAGCAGCCUGGAGAGACACUGACGGUAAUGGAAAGUAAAGUGGGAAAACUGGUCAAUGACAAGACGGCAGGAAAGCUCACAGAGACGUUUUCUUCACUGGCUAAGAAGAGCAAUUUCCGGGCCUUGAGCAGAAGGCUGACUCUGGUGCCAAAGUCAGAUGAGGAAUACGAUUUGCGUGUCCCCAAAGACAUGGCCUACAUCUUCAGUGGUGCCUACGUACCACUCAGCUGUAAACUUAUUGAGCAGGUCUUGGAGCGGGAUGGCUGGACCGGUCUAGAAGAGGUCACACGGAUGAUUAGUGGCCACGAGUUUGCCGUUUCUGGAGGAAGCAAUGGUGGAGAGGCCAGAGUCAAAACGGAUGCCCAGCGCAUCAUCUUAGUAAUGUUCCUGGGCGGUUGCACAUACUCCGAGAUUGCAGCCCUGCGCUUCCUGGGCAAGGAAAAAGGAUUGAAAUUUAUCGUUGUGACGACCGCCAUCACCAAUAGUGGCAGGAUGUUGGAGGCACUGCUAGAUCACUAACCAUCCAUACCCAUCCCUCCUAGCCUGGAUGGAACUGCUCCAAUCAACUUGUGGGAAUGUGUAACAAGAUAACAAGAUCCAUGGACCAAAAGCACUGCCUAAGAGGACAUUGAGCUUACUGUAUAGAACACUGUCUCUGUUUUUUUUAAACCCUGUUGAAGAAUGAUUCAUUUGCAAGUGCCUACAGUAUGUCAUCAUCCACUAUUCAAGGUCCCCUGCAAACCUGUUUUUUUGUUUUUUAAAUAUUUUUAGGGGCUUUCAUGCCUUUAUUUGAUAGGACAGUCUGAGAUGGUGACAGGAAGUGAGUGGGACAGAGAGACGGGGUGGGAUCGGGAAAUGACCCCGGCCGGACUCGAAUCGGGGUCCCCGUGGGCAUGCAAGCCCAAAUGUGGGGGGCUUAGCGCGCUGCGUCACAGUGCCCCCCGUCACCUGCAAACCUAUGGGAAGGUUGAUUUAUCGGGACUGGUAGUCAAAGGUGUAGUUCAGACUGGGUUGUGACUUCAAGAUUUUUUUUCCUCCCAGAAAUUGCAUCUUUGCCUCUGCAGCAGAUUAAAGGUCUCAACCUUU